CAGUAACUAAGCCAUCAGUGUAGAUAGUGGGCUGAGAUGUCGACACUUGUUAACGGGAAUCCCGUUUACCUUUGCACCAUCUGCGGGAUGCCGGCCGAGUAUGAGUGCCCUUGCGAUACUGAACUGUAUUAUUGUACUGUUAAGUGCCAGCUGAAAGCUUGGUACGAUCUGAAUCAUGAGUUUGAAUGUUCUACCAAUCCAAACCGCAAACGCGCGCCCCCUGGCUGCCCCGAGACGGAUUCAAUAGUAGAUCAACAUGAGCACAAGCGCAUCCGGAUCAAUUCAAAUGUUCGCGGCGAAACUGAGCUUGUGCAGAAGUUUGAAGUACACGUGCAAGAUAGGGGUGUGUGCGCGACUGCGGGAGCUGAUAGCGACAUAGAGAAAGUGCAUACGACAGAAGCACAUCCUAAGGCCGUCCGCUGUAUACCGCCCGGUGCUGUGGAGAUGGGACCAGAGCAAGUGAAUGGCAGGCUUGCCGGUAGCGUACCAGGGUGUAUACCUAAUGGUAGCGAUUCUCCGCAAUCAUCACACCAUGGUGAUGUGAUUGAGCACAGAAAUGCGAUGAACGAGUCAAGCGACUCAUCGUUUAAACACCGUACGGAUACUCCUGGCGGUGAAAAAUACACCUGUAUGAGGAAAGGAUGCGGUGAGCGGUAUGAAUCACGCAACGAACUGGACGCUCAUCAGGCAGGCCACGUCAUAGCCAAUGUCGAAAAGCGACAUCCCUGUUUAGAUCGGAAUUGUGGUGAAAGUUUUGAUACAAAUAGGGAGCGGCAACUACAUACAAACACAAGGCACCCACAGCUAAAUGUACCUGCGGAUAAUCUGUGCAAGUGUGGUUGUGCUAAAAAAAAAACUGCAAUAGAGAGAAGUCGGCAGCAUCAACGCAUGCAUCCUGACCAAACAGAACGAGAUCGCAAACGCGAACUGGCCCAAAAGCACUAUAGGGUAUCUCGGGCCUAUACGAAAUUUGCACCGUUGUGGCCUCAGAAGUGCCUGAUCGAUGAUUGUGGGAAAUGUAUGGUUGAUUUGGAGGAUUCGAUCCGCCACCGACGUACCGCUCAUAAUGGAUCAAUAUGUAACUGGAUGGGCUGUGGAUUGUUCUAUGUGGGAUCGUGGGAUGAUCACUUUGAGGAAUAUCAUGGUUAUCCAGCGCUAUGCUUUUACCACCAUAGAUGCCCGUUCAGUGGUUUCUCGGAGGAAUCUAUGCAUUACUUCAACUGUCACACCGGCUUUCAUGUAUGUCUGGUUUGUGGUGCAAAAAUGCCUAGCAAGUCAAAUCUCGCUAAACAUAAACGCCUUCAUAAGGUAGACGCGCAAUGAUCCACACGAAACAACUGUUAUCUUUUAGGACUUGACUUAAACAGAAUUAGGACCUCAGCAAAAAUGUGGGCGAGCUUAGUGCAAGCGGUAAUGUGAGAUUUCACACACGGCCUCGGUGCCAGUCGGUUUGAACUGGUGCAGAACUAAACCUAAAUACUCGCAUAAUAGUAAUUAAAGCAAACUUGUAG